AUGAAGUUCGUCGCGGCCCUCGCCAUCUUCCUCCUCGGCCUCACCUUGGCCUUUGGCAACACCAUCAACAAUGGUGCCAUCGUGGGCUCUUCCAGCAGCAGCGUCGUGGGCACCGCCAUCUCCACCUCGGCCGUCACCGACAUCACCAAGACCACCACCAUCACCCAGACCGCCUCCGCCGGCCUCAACUACGCCCAGCCGACCGUGAUGGUCACCCUUGUGCCCACCGUCGUGCCCACAAUGCUGCCCACCGUCACCCCCGUGGCCUACAUCGACUACGACUAUGAGGACACCUCGGCCGCCUCUGGCCUCGCGCCCUUCGCCUUCUUCUGA